AUGAAAGCAGUAGCCGAGGACGAGGAACUAGACUCCUUAUACUCGUUAUCAUCCCUGGAGCAGCUUUCAGUCUCUGCCAAUGAUUUCUCUGGCCAGCUAAGUGAUAAACUCAGGAAUUCAACUCAACUGGAGCAGUUUACUUCACAUUCUAAUUCGUUCUCUGGAGCACUUCCUUCAACUCUGGCACUCUGCACUAAAUUACAAGUGCUUGAUUUGCAGAACAAUACUUUUUCUGGUGCAAUUGAUCUUGAUUUUACUGGAUUGCCUAAUCUCUAUAAUCUUGAUCUUGCAAGUAAUCGUUUUUCUAGUCCCUUGCCCGAAUCAUUAUCUAGUUGCCAGAAAUUAAGGAUCUUGAGUCUUGCCAAGAACAAUUUAACUGUCCAGAUCCCUAAAGGCUAUGCAAAUCUCACAUCUCUCACAUUUCUCUCAUUUUCGAACAACAGCCUCGUCAAUUUAUCUGGAGGCAGUAUCCCUUCACAGAUUGGUCAGAUGGAGAAUUUGUACUACUUGGAUUUUUCAAAUAAUUCACUAACAGGAGAAAUCCGGAAAGGUUUGACGGAGCUUAAGAGCCUUAUGUCUGCCAAUAGCUGUUCAUCCACUCUCAAUAUUACCACUGGCAUCCCACUUUUCGUUAAAAGAAAUCAGAGUGCGAGUGGUUUGCAGUACAAUCAAGCUUCAAGUUUCCCUCCAUCAAUAUUACUGAGCAAUAAUAAACUAAACGGCUCAAUUUGGCCUGAAAUUGGACGUCUGAGACAGCUCCAUGUCUUGGACUUGAGCAGGAAUAACAUAACUGGAACCAUCCCCAACUCCGUUUCCAACAUUACAAACCUGGAGACUUUGGAUUUGUCAUACAAUGAUCUUCAUGGAUCAAUUCCUUCAUCGUUUAAUCAGCUUACUUUCCUCUCAAAGUUUAGUGUUGCUAAUAAUCAUCUCGAGGGGGCAAUUCCAACAGGGGGCCAAUUUCUUAGCUUUCCCAGCUCAAGCUUUGACGGUAACCCUGGACUUUGUGGAAAAAUGAUUUCUCCUUGCAUUACCAAUAAUAUGGGGUUCCGAGCAUCGAGUCCACCUACUGCAUAUAAGAAAUUUGAUUGGAGCAGCAUACUUGGAAUAACAAUCAGCAUUGGCAUUGGAAUUGCUCUACUCCUGGCCAUUCUUCUGCUUAGGAUCUCGAGAAGAGAUGCUGGAGUACCAAUUGAAGAUUUGGACGAGGAAAUCAGCAGGCCACCGAGAUUAUUUGAUGCAUUUGGACCUCCAACGCUGUUAAUCUUUAAGAAUGAAGAGUGCACGGAUCUUACAAUCUUGGACUUACUAAAGUCAACAAACAAUUUCAACCAAUCAAACAUUAUUGACUGUGGAGGAUUUGGUCUGGUUUAUAAGGCGGACUGA